AUGUCUAUACAGCGCUUUACUCAUCCUCUGACAUCAUCCUCUUACAGCAUCUUCAAAUUCGCCUCUACCGUUGCCAUUGACACGACAAGGUCAAGCCAUCCGGGAGUCCCUCAUCUUCGCUAUCACGAUCAUAUAAGAUUCUACACCAGAAGGCGCCUCUCGACCGCAACAGUAUAUCACCCCCAUUCUCUAGACUCUGCUCCGCCGCCACCCCGCAACGCAAAUACUCCCGAUACAUCGAUAUCAGGCAUUUCGCCAGAAGUCAAUAAUAGGAGACCACCCCGUCAAACAGGCCAAUACGAAUCGCCCUCCGUAUCCAACAAGCCACAAAAGCAAAGCAUCAGCAUAACAGAAACAGAGGCGCAAAAACCAAGACCUGUCACCAAUGCCCCAUCGUCCUCCCCUGCCACGGACAAACCGAAGAGGCCCACCAAACUCCGCCCUCGGAAAGCAGCCAUGACGCUCACACCCUCCGCCACGGAGCACCUGCAGCAAUUACUCGAGCUUCCGGAGCCGAAGUUCAUAAGGGUGGGCGUAAAAAAUAGAGGCUGCUCAGGACUUGCAUAUCACCUGGAAUACGUGGAAAAGGCUGGGAAAUUCGAUGAGGCGGUAGAACAAGACGGAGUGAAGGUGUUGAUUGAUAGUAAGGCGCUGUUCAGCAUUAUCGGAAGUGAGAUGGACUGGGUGGAAGAUAAAUUGAAUCAGAGAUUCGUGUUCAGAAAUCCGAAUAUCAAGGAACAAUGCGGUUGCGGGGAAUCAUUCAUGGUCUAG